ACCGUGUUCUAAGAGAUCAUAAUUUAAUAAAACGGCGUGCUAAAGAGAGGCCUUUUAUUACUAAAGAGAGCGCAAGAAAGAGAUACUAGAUGGUGAAGAAAUAUAGAAAGAAACCUAAAGAAUACUGAGAUAACUUUUCUUCUGUGAUGAGUGCUCUAUUCAAAGAGGCUCUGGUAAAAAAGCAGAGUGAGUAUUUUGCCGGCUGGGUGUUGGAAAGUUCCAUCAUGACAAGACUAAGUCCCAGGUGCAAGGGAAACAAGGAUGCUGCAUGGGAUGGGCUGGGUUCUCGCUCCGGUACGGUCUGAGCGAGUGUGUGGCCAUUUGUCCGCGAUCCCAAGUCGAGAAAACACGGUUACUCUGCGAGGAGUUACCUCAAAGUCCUUCGCAGGAUCCUUAAGACAACGCUGGAUCCAGAAAUGUGCUUUGUGCAGGACGAUUCGUCCAUCCACACAGCUAAGCAUUUCCGCCAGUGGCUGGCCAAGCAUGGCAUUCGCCCGGUCGAGCAUCCGCCAUUUUCCCCUGACCUCAACCCUCAGAAAAACCUUUGGUUCCUUCUCAAAGUGAAGCUGAUGGAGCUGCAUCCUGAGCUGGAGACAUUAGACGAAAGUCGGACCAGGGUUAAAGCCCGGCUUCGAGCGUGGCUGCCCGGGGCGUGGGAGCAGGUAACGGAGCUGACGCCGGCGGCCCUAAGCCACAGCGUGAAGGACCGGUGGGAAGCUGUUUAUCAGGCGAAGGGCUAUCAGACAAAAUAUUAAUAAGAAUUGACUAGGCUGUCGAAUCCAGGUCGAAUUGAGUGACGUGCAGUGCCGUGUGCUGGUCAAUGGGUGGUGUUUCGUUUGUUGUGCGACCGUGCGAAAAGUUGAUGGCCCACUGUCGGUGAGUUCCGACGCCGAAUUGUAUGACGCGAAGGAGACUGACGCCUGUCAUGAUCCUUUGAUUCGAUCUCAUUCUAACUCAGCCAUCAUCGUCUGUGCCUUGUGUGUGCGCGUGUGCGCGUAUAAGCGCGUGGAGGGUGGGUACG